UGGUAGAACAAUCUCACCCAUGGUUAUGGCUGCUAAAGCCGUGGCAGGAAACAUCCAGGAUCCAGGUUCUCAAAAGAGCUUCCUGGACUCUGGCUACAGGAUCUUGGCUGCUGUUGGGAAAGUCAGAGAAGCCUUCCAGCCUCAGGAGCCUGACUUUCCACCUCCACCUCCAGACCUUGAUCAGCUGCAUGUCAGUGAUGAUCAGGCUCCUCCCAAACCGCCCCUGCCAGAGGGAGAGGUACCUCCCCCGAGACCUCCACCCCCAGAGGAGAAAGACGAGGAGUUCCCUGAGCAGAAAGCUGGCGAGAUGGUGAGCGAGCCGAUGAUGGUGGCGGCCAGGCAGCUACACGACGAGGCCCGGAAAUGGUCCAGCAAG